CAUCAGCGGAGAAGUAGCAAGCAGAAACGCAGACUGCAUCCACACACUUUUGACUACCAACAACUGCGUUCUAACCUAUGCUGAGGAGUCCAUCACAAAAUGGCUCGAAUGGUCAGUCGCUUCUGUCAGCUGCUUGGUGAAGUGUCUAUAAAGUCCACUCUGCCCCAGAGAAGUUUAGUGUUGAUAAGACCACUGGGCACAUCCUCUGGGCUGAGGUCGCUAACACGUUACGAUCAGUCAUGGGCGAACACAGACUGGAAGAAGAAACUGACCCCAGAACAGUACACAGUCACAAGAGAGAGACGUACAGAAGAGCCUUUCACUGGUGUCUACUUAAAUCACUCGGAAGAGGGCAUGUACCACUGUGUGUGCUGUGACACUCCUCUUUUUAGCUCUGUGUCUAAAUUUGAUUCGGGGACUGGGUGGCCGUCUUUUACUGAGGCCCAUGGAACAUGGGAGCAGGAUGAAAGUCAUGCCAACAUCCUGCGACGCGCUGAUAACUCACUGGGUAGCACAGCAACCGAAGUCAUUUGUAAGCAGUGUGAUGCUCAUCUGGGUCAUGUGUUCGAGGACGGUCCAGAGCCCGGGGGUCAGCGCUUCUGUAUCAACAGCAUCGCUCUCAGCUUCAAACCAAGUGUACAAAAAUAAUAGCUCUUACUGACACAGGAACGUCAUGUUCUAGACUACAGGAUUUCCUGAAAUAAGGUGUGACUGACAGGGCAAUCAGACAAAUUAACUUUACAUGAUGUAGACUAUGUAUGUGGUUCAUUGCAAAGGUCACCAACUGAAAGUAGAAAAUAGUGAUACCAUGUGCCAAUGCAGUGGAUGGAUUGACCAGUGAGAAUUCCUUUACCAAACCUAUAAAACCAAAAAUACUUUAA